UGGAAAUAUUUACUGUGCUGCAUUUGGUUGCUUGCCAUUGGAAAUCACUGGGAAAAUCCCCUAGAUUCAUAUUGAUUUGUUUCCUGUUUGUAUCGUGUCUUUGUUUACUUGGAAAUGGCUAACUUGGCAACGUUUAGCAUGAUAACUGAGAAGGUUCGAUUCACGCCUAUCAGGUGACCAGAGGGGGGCAUUAUAGACCACAACAUUGAAAUAAUUUGAGCGUAAGCUGAGGCCACUCCCCGGCUCACGACGACUCUCUGGGCUUUGUCACCAGAAACGUAGAAGGAGAAUGAACUGCAAGGCAUCCAUCGUUUCAUGCUAAAUAAUUAGAAGGCCAUCGAUCGAUGGAUUUGUUCUAUUUUCCUGGAUUACUUUAAAGGAUUUAUCCGAUUUUGAAUUACCGUUUGGCCGCGUCGGAUGGUAGCCUACAAUGUCUGUAUCUAUUCAAAGGGUCUCCGUUGGUCUACACAUAGCGAUUGUGUUACUGGAUUUGUAUUGUACAGCAGCGGACGGACAGCUCUCCUACUCCGUAUCUGAAGAGGCAAACCCCGGGACUUCUGUUGGAAACCUCGCGAAGGAUCUGAACCUCAACUUGCAGGAAUUGGAUUCGCGUAGAUUUCAGAUUGUCACCAGUUCAAAGAAACGACAUUUCGAGGUAGAUCUAAAGACUGGUGUUCUCUUUGUCAAAGAACGGAUCGACAGGGAGGAGCUGUGCGCCAAAGCUAGAAAAUGCAUCGUAAACGUAGAAGCAGUUAUCAACGAUCCUUUAGAACUUCAUCGAUUAGAAGUGAAUGUUUUAGACAUUAAUGAUAACACACCGUUUUUCACAGAGGUGCUACAUUCUCUUAACAUCGCCGAGAGUACUGUCCCAGGACUAAAAUUCAGCCUCGUGGAGGCAUCCGAUUUAGACAUUGGCAAGAACAGCGUGAAUACAUACAAGCUCAGUCCUAAUGAUUAUUUUUCGCUGGAUAUUCAUAAAGGGGGAGACAGUCCGUCUGCUGAGUUAGUUCUGCAGAAGCCGCUGGACCGAGAGAAACAGGCUCUGAUAAAGCUCACGUUGACCGCAGUAGACGGAGGAAAUCCUCCUAAAUCAGGAACGUCACAAAUAAUUAUUAAUGUUUUAGACAACAAUGACAAUCCUCCGGUAUUCAGUAAUUCACUGUACAAAACACAAAUUGUAGAAAAUGUGCCUACAGGAACCACAAUAGUCAUCCUCGAAGCAUCAGACGCAGAUGAAGGUGUAAAUGGCGAAAUUGAAUAUUCACUCAGGAGUAAAGGCCAGGAUCACAUUUUAGAUUUAUUUGAAAUUGAUUCUAAAAGUGGUGCAAUUUCCGUUAAAGGUACAAUAGACUUUGAACAAAACCCUAGAUUUGAGAUCCACGCCCAGGCCAGUGACAGAGGCCAGCAUCCGAUAUCAGCUCACUGUAAAGUACUCGUAGAGGUAGUGGACCUCAACGACAACGCUCCGGAGAUCACCGUGACGUCACUCAUGAACGCAGUGAAAGAGGACGCUAAAAUAGGGACCGCUAUUGCCCUGGUCACCGUCCUUGACAAAGACGAUGGUAUAAACGGUGUGGUAAAAGCGGUCAUCGCCAAUGAUCCACCAUUUAAACUUCAGACGAACUACAAAAACUAUUAUUCCUUAGUAGUAAACGGACCUCUGGACAGGGAGACCGUCGCCCAGUACACGGUGACUAUUAUAGCCACUGAUGAAGGGUCCCCGCCUCUCUCGGGCACUGCCGUCGUCACUGUUCACGUUUCUGACGUCAACGACAACGAGCCCCGAUUCACGGAGCCGGUGCUGAACGUGUACGUUAGAGAGAACGGGCCGGUGGGGGUCGUUGUUAAGACGGUUUUUGCGGUUGACGCUGACGUCGAUCAAAACGGUCAAGUGAAGUAUUCGUUUUUACCGAGCAGUAGUUCACCUUUGCCGCUUUCUUCAAUGAUGAAUAUUAAUUCAGAAACUGGAGAGGUUUCAUCCAUUCAAUCAUUUAACUACGAGGAAUUAAAAUCGUUUCAGUUUAAAGUUCAGGCCACGGACUCUGGAGUCCCUCCCCUCAGCAGUAGCGUGACUGUUAAUGUUUGUAUCCUGGAUGAGAAUGACAACAGUCCCGGAAUAUUACCCCCCUAUUCUGAACACGGCUCCGUUAACAGUGAGAGCAUUCCCUACUCUGCUGAAGCGGGAUACUUUGUGGCUAAAAUCAGGGCCGUAGACGCAGACUCUGGUUACAAUGCACUGCUUUCUUAUCACAUUUCUGAACCCAAAGGAACCAAUCUCUUUCGGAUCGGAACCAGCACCGGUGAAAUCAGGACUAAGAGACGGAUGAGUGACAAUGACCUGAAAACUCACCCGUUGGUGGUGUUGGUUUGUGAUAACGGGGAGCCCUCCCUGACAGCUACUGUGUCUAUGGAUGUCGUUGUGGUUGAAAACACAGGAGACCUUCAGACUCAGUUCAGACACGUGCCGCUAAAGGAGGACAGCUUCUCUACUUUAAACCUGUAUUUGCUGAUCGCCAUUGCGUCGGUGUCAGUGAUCUUUCUACUAAGUCUCAUCAGUUUAAUAGCAGUCAAAUGCCACCGGACAGACAACAGUUUCAGCAGGUACAGCGCCCCAAUGAUCACCACCCACCCUGACGGGAGCUGGUCUUACUCUAAAUCUACUCAGCAGUAUGACGUGUGUUUCAGCUCAGACACACUGAAGAGUGACGUAGUAGUGUACCCUCCUCAAUUCCCGCCUGUUGAUGGAGAACUGAUCAGUAUAAACGGAGGAGACACUUUAAGCAGAACUCAGACUUUGCCCAAUCACGAGAAGGUAAGAAUCAAACACAUACUACAAAUCACAACUGUUGCAUGCUUGAAAAUGGGCAAUUCUCACCAGAGUUUCCACUUACAAAAGUUUUUCCGCUAUUAAGCAAAUGCAUUUGCAUCAUUUCUAGUCUCUUUUCUAAACCUCCCCUCAUCAAUGUUGCCCAUGAAAGCCCACAACAUGACCUUUACCAUGCAUUGGUUU